AUGAGUCAAGAUUCGACUGCCUGGUCGUUCUUCAUUGAUCGUCCUAUUGUGCAAAUUUGCCUGCGAAGUGAUGCCCAUGUUAUCUCAGGACACAUAAAAUAUGAUGUAAUAUUCUCUCUGGCUAGCAUAUUCCGAAGAGACAUCUGCCUAGUUGUCUCCUCACACGCCAUAAUUACCCAGUCCAAUCCUGUUGAUUUCAUCAUUCGCGGAAAAUUGGUGCUGAUACAGGGCCAGCUGCGGCACGGACGUAACUUCGCAAUGAAGAGGAUCAUGUUUGCAUGGUUCAAAAUGAGACGGAACGAGUAUCCCAUGCUCAAAGAUAUAACAUAUCUCGACCAUGGUGGUACUACCCUAGCACCCAAGUCUCUACUGGAUAUGUUCAGUAGCGAAAUGCAGGCAACUUUGCUGGCGAACCCACAUUCAGACUCACAAAACCCUAGCACAUCGGCCCUCAUCGUGGAGGAGACUCGUCUUGAGGUGCUCAAGAUGUUCAGUGCGGACCCAGCACAUUUCGAUGUUGUCUUCACCGCCAACGCAACAGCGUCUAUCAAGCUCGUCGCAGAAUGUUUUUCCGGAAACAAAGCAGGGUUCGACUAUUACUAUCACCUCAAUAGCCAUACAAGUCUUGUUGGGGUUCGAGAGUUAGCUACACACAGUCAUUGUCUAGCGUCUCAUGAGACGGAUGAAUGGCUGGAUGCGCGCGCCAACAACAUUCGGGAUACCCAUCAAGAACGACCGAGGUUAUUUGCGUAUCCCGCUCAAUCGAAUAUGAAUGGAGAACGACUGCCACUAGACUGGCCCGGCAGACUACGGUUUUCUGGCCAUCACCCACAUACUUACACACUAUUAGACGCAGCGGCUCUGGUGUCCACAACGCCACUGGAUCUUAGUGACCACGUUCAUGCUCCCGAUUUUGUAGCAAUGUCUUUUUACAAGAUCUUCGGCUUUCCUGAUCUCGGCGCUUUGAUCGUUCGCAAAGCUUCGGGACAUUUGUUCGAUCACAGGAGGUAUUUUGGUGGUGGGACGACGGAAAUGAUUACAUGUGUCGACGAACCGUGGGUCGCGCGCAAACAAUCGAGCCUGCAUGCGAGACUUGAGGAUGGCACGAUCGCGAUCCGUAAUAUACUUGCUUUGCAUUGUGCCAUCAAAAUGCAUCCAAAACUCUUCGGUAGCCUCAGAGAGACCUCCCAGCACGCCUUUUGGCUAGCGCGUUGUCUCUAUCAACGGCUGGAAGUGCUUCGUCAUGCUAACGGUACUCCCAUCUGCCACAUCUACAAGUCACAUACGUCAAGUUAUGAUGACUCACGAACGCAAGGUGCGACUCUAGCAUUCAACGUUCGACGAAGCGACGGCUCUUGGAUAGGUUGCUGGCACGUGGGCAAGGCACUGCGCGGGGACAAUAUCCACGUUCGCACAGGAAGUCUCUGCAACCCAGCUGGAGCAGCUAUGGCUCUUGGUGUUGACGCUGAAUGGUUGAGAAGAGCAUUCGAAGAGGGCUUCCGUUGCAAUACGGAUGUGGACGUGCUCAAAGGGGUCCCUAUCGGCAUGGUCAGAGUUACUUUUGGGGCCAUGAGUACUCUUGGGGACGUAGAUGUACUCACACGCUCUCUCAAACGCCACUUCAUGGAUCAUACCACCAUCACAAUGGCAGGCCCAGGGGAUUCCCAGUCUUAUCAGUCGACAAAGGAAUCAUCGAUCCCCGAAGAUAUUACCGAGAGAAGGCCUUGUGAUAACUUGGACACUCAAAAGCUUCCCAUCAAGCCACUGAAUGAGCAUGUCAGGAAAUUUCAAGUGACCGGAUUGAGUGGCAUGGCAUGCGUUCGGAGAGCUUUAGGGUCUUCUCAGACUGAGAAGAUACAAACUCUCUAUUCCACUACAUCAGCCUAA